GAGUCACUCCUUUUGUUCCAUUGCCAAAAAUUGCUAAAUGCAUCAAAAGGCCAUUUACGACUUCAAUGUAUCUGAGUGAUGGUAAAGUCCUUCAUCCAAAAUUCAUAAUAGGCAUGCCAUGAUUGACACUACAGCGCCAUCAUCAGUGGGAUCUUUCAUUUGCUCACCCAAUCUCCCUAUUAGUAUAAGCCUGGUUGAAAUAUUUUUCACUGUAUCAGUAAUGUUUCGUGUUCAUGAAAGAAAUGAAGCAGAAUUUGCCGCUUUAAAUGAUAACUCAAUCCUAUUGUCAGAAAAACUCACACCAGACCAAAUAUCCGCUGUGAUUUAUGAUUCAACUGCAACUGCAAAUCUGCUUCAGAAUGACCUACUAUUACCAAAGCAUAUUAGCAACUGGUUAGAUGAGGUAAUCCUAACAAAGAGGACUCCUCCUAGGGUACAUCAAAUAUAUGAGUCAUUGGAACCUUUCACAGAUGAACAAUAUGAACAAAAGGAAGCGUCAUCUUCAAUGUCAGUACAAUGUUCUGUAGACAUUCACUCUCCACCUCCUCUACCACCUAGACGAAGCAUGAUUCUGUCACCUCCACCCCCUCUAUCGCCUCCACCACCUCCAUCACCUCCAUCACCUCUGAUGAGUUCAGUAGAAGUUCCCACUCUAAGCAACUGUGCUUAUGGUCUAACAAAAUGGCAAGAAAGUCCAGCUACUGAACCAAAGCAACUGGAUAGCAAAAUAGGGCAGUAUUUUGAUACAAAUAAGAGGUUAUUAGCAGAUUAUAAUGCUUUGAAGAUGGGAGAGUUUCUUGGUCUAAUGGGAUUAAAGCAGUAUUCUGCUACAUUUUCACAUGAAUCAGUUGAUGGGAAAUUAUUCUUUGAAUUAGAUGAUGUAAUGCUUGAAGAGGAUCUUGGUGUUACCAGCAGACUACAUCGUUUAAGAAUGAUGAGAAUUAUCAAAGGAGAACAACAUGUGAAUGAUUUUCUAACUAUAUAACUAAACUGUACGUUAGCUAAAUUAAUUAGGAACCUAAAAAUUAUAUUUGACAUUAACUAUUUUUAUGCUGCUCAAAACAAACUUUGGUCCAUGUAUAUCCAUGGUACACUAUA